CCUAUUUUUGGAGUUGCUGUUAUUGUGUAGUUCCUGAAAAUACUGUAUCUGUAAGCUGGUAAACGUAUGCGUGAAAGUGUGAAUAUUUUGGUCUUCUUAGAAAUUUGCGUCGUUUUUAUCUCUCAUUUUAAGAGUAUGUGAGAGUUAUAAUGUAAAGAGAGUUUCUGUAGUACAAGCAAGCAGUAUUUCUACAGGCUACAUUUAGACAGAAAAACUGCCGAAAGCUCAAAUGAAAGGCCUCUUUUCGAGGGGUGUUUCCAUUCGUUUCCAUUUUAUCUCCAAGAUAAGCCUCAAGCUUAAAUGGUGCAUGUACACAUGCAUACACACAGUGGUGCCAGAUGGGGACAAGACAGUGUGCGAUUUCCUCUCUCGGUAUUUCAAACCUGACAGCUUGAAUUGCACCUGCUUCCCCCAACUGUGUUAAAAUGGAAAGAAGUUCAGACAAAACCACAAAGUAUGCAGCAGGGAAACGACACUGCAAAGAAGAGUGUAUUUUUCCCUGUUAAAUUGUUUCAAGUUUAGAAAUUACUCCAAAGCAGUAUUUUGCUUUGUCAUUCUGCAGUCUGUAAUAUAAACUAUAGCGAAAUGGCCAGUGCUGAAUGUAGCUCCAUCAGCUUUCUCCAAGACUUGAUACUGUUGCAGUUGUCACUGUGAUGGUCUGUAGUGUGAGUGUAAUGUGUAUUUGGGGCCUUAGUGAUAGAUGAGCCGUCAGAGUUUGGCACACAAACGCUCUGGGACAUUUCCUCAGAGGAGUGAGAGUUCACAUCAGCCAACCAGUGUCAUUUACAGAGGGCUGAGAAAUAGCAGAGCGCUGAGAUGAUAGGGGAGCUUAAGGUGGAAAGUUGCGUUCAUCAGGGAGGAGGGAGAGUAAAUAAAUGUGAACGGUUAGGAUCCGAUGAUUUGACAGCGACACAAGUCACCCAUGCCAGAAUGGUGUUGACGAAGGAGUUUAAGGGAAUACCUUGAAUGGUCUGAGCUUCCUUGUGAAACUGCCAUUUCUUUUCUCUUUACUUCACUUCCAUAAAUGCGGAACACUUGUUUAAGAAAGGAAAUACAAGAAAAUAAUCAUCAAAAUCAAUACAACAUAGACAGUUCCCAUAAAGCAACUUGAUAGUGGCAUGACUAAGGUUACUUUCUCAAACUUGGCAAAGGCUGCUACAGAGCCACAGAGGGCAUUUAUACAACUGUUUUUACAGACUGAGCACUACUCUCCAUGACAAGUUCAGUAAUCUCAGUGUGUAAAAGUGGUGGAAUUCCCCUUUAAACAUACUACACACACAUACACACACACACACACACCUCUUCCUGUUUUCGGUUGGUUUGCUCAACCUCAGUAUGUUUAUUCUUGUUGCUCUUUGCUCAUCCUUGAACAGCUCUACAGCCGCACUGAUCUCCUCAAGAGAACAACAGUCACUCUGUCCUCCUAUCUGUCAGAUACAAGGCAUGUGGAAAAGGAAGUUAAAGCAUUUGGCUGAUGCCACAGAUAAAGAAACAUGAAGUAAAAUGUAGAAAUAGCCUCCAACUAUUGUAUGGUUAUUUAAAUUUUAUGCAAAAUGAAACUUGAAAGCACUAGUUGUGCUGUGGAAUGAGCAAACCAUCUGGUAACUGCAAUAUUCUGCCCUACUCGCAUACCUGUAACUGAUUGAGGGGAAUAUGAUCCUGUGGUCUGUGACAAAUAGAUGAGUGGUUGUGAAAUUUUUUAAGGGGAAGUUUAGGGGAAAUAAGAUGUAGUCAUGAAGGUGAGCAAACAAUGAAAAGACAGACUCAUGGAUUGCAGAAGAAUGAUAAUGACUAUUGGAGCAGGGCAGAGGACUAAAAGAAAGAUGCAGAGAGCGAAAGGAACAGAAGUAUUGGCGUACAGUCUGCUGCAGUAGAAGAGGGGAAAUUCCACGUCAGUGUCUGAGUUUCACAGACAGCCCAGAUCUUUGGAGACGACACUAAUAUAGUAUCUCCUUUUGAGAACAGCACCAGUUACCACGCUUCUUCAUUAUGGUUCAAGGAAAGCUCUGUUUGAGUGACCCGCUGCCUUCAUUGAUCAGCCAUCAAACAGAUUGUUCUUAAUCUAAAAGCCAUAGUGUGUGUGUUCUAGCAGGGUUGUUUCCAAGCUUGGAAAUAGAUCCUUCCAUCACGAAUGAAUGAUAGCUGGGAAUAGAUCAAGGCGUGCACAUUGCUGUUGUAGCUUAGAAUGCCACUGUGCUUUACAAUUUGAUCUAAAACACAGUGAACUCUUUCAACAUCUGUCCUUUGUCUGAGGUGUACAGCAUGUCUUUGUUCUCUCUGAGUGUGCAGACACGUUGCACCAGAAUAUUGGCUAGGUAAAGGGUUAGCACUGCAGCCGGUGCUCAACCACAGAUUGUCACCCAGGGUUUAAGGGGCUGCUGUGCAAAUUAGAGAUGACUUAUCACCAGCUUUGUAUUAAACAGAGCUGUGCAGCAGUAGCAAAUGGUUCAGAGAGAUAGGAAAGGCGUAGAGCUGAGGGACAGUUAAGGCGUAACAGUUGUACGAAGGAGAGGUCGUGGGAUACUUUUUGCCAUAUUUCACAUGCAUGUAGAAGCAUGUAUACCAAAGAAAUAAUGAGAUCUUACAUCCCUCUUUUAGUCUUGAGACACGUGAUCUCAGUCAAAUUGUGUUACGCAGGACUGUGGAAUUUUCUUUUCUUUGUAAGAGAUAAUGUGCCCUCAGAGCAAUAUAAAUGCACUUGCUCUUUUAUCACAAUCAAAUGAAAUGAGUCAGAGACAAUAUGCAUAAUAAGUCUCAGAAAUUGGCGUCAGCACGCAGCUCAAAAUCUGUAAGGAUUUCUGUAGAUGCCAGGGCUACUAUCUCCAUAGCUACCGGAUAUUGCAGCAUCAGGUCUAAAUCAAAUUCUUGGAGGUUUCUUUAGUCUCUCUGGCUUUCCCCUGGACACAAGGGUUGUGGAAGCAGAAGCCUUGUGUCAACAACAAUACAAGAGAGUUGGUAGCAGCAAUUACCUCAGCAUGUUUUCAGUUCGCCUUUAUUAUUAUGUUGCUGACCUACAACCAAAAGUCACUGAUCUGCACCUUUUUUGCAUAGUAUUUUUAUGCUCUGUGUUACUCUGAGUGUGCCGCUUUUUAGGGUAGCACAGUUUGAUUUAGCGCAGGUCAGUGUGUAAUGCUUUUAUAAUGUGAGCAAAAGCAAGUGUGAGACUGAGCUGAGGGCUGCAUGCCACAGCAGAAAUGCAGUAUGAGAGAGAGAGAGAGAGAGAGAGAGAGAGGGGAUCCAGACAGAAGCCAGAUCUAAUCUGUCCUAAACUCCCUGUAAAUCUUUCCAUAAUUAUUUGCCCCACACCCUUUUAUCUAAUUGUUCUUUCCAACUUCUAUUUUUUGACAUUCUUCCUUACAUCAUUAAGUCCCCUGUUUCAUGUUUUCAGUGUCACUCUUGCCUAUCUAGUUGCAUCACUAUCUUCCAAUGCCCUGCCUGGUUUUCUGUUGCUUGUAUGUUUGUCCUGUUACUAAUUUGCCCCUUUUUCUUCUUGCUGUGUUUUCUCAAGCUUUCCUUCCUGCCUCAUCCUUCUCUCAUUCCUCAGCCUCACUGGAUAGGCAAGGGCAGUGCUGCUGUAACUGAGCCAGCACUUCCUGGUGUUGUUUUAGGGGGGGCGUGGCCAGCCUGAGUGAGGAAGAGAGGGAGGGAGAGGGAACUGCAGGAUCUGUAUGCCCAGUGCAGUCAGGGCUCCCUCCUCCUCCUCUUCGUCGUCGUCCUCCUCCACCUCCACCUCCUCCUCCUCCACAGCUGUUGCUACUGCCGCCCAGCGAGCACCACUUUCCUGCAGCAGACAGACGAUCCAGAGGCUGGGGAGUCAGUAAAGACACAGCCCAGCCCGUCUCAGCACAGCUCUGCACAACCGAGCUCAGCCACUUGAAGAGGCAGGGGAGGGGAGACACUAGCGCACACAGCCAACGCUGCAACGCACACGCACACACGCAACCACACAGACAAACACUCCUCCUCUCUCUCUCUCUCUCUCUCUUUUUCUUUCUCCCUCUCUCUCUCUCUCUCACUCUGGUGCUCGGCUCCGCACAGCUCCUUUACUCAUUCGCUGCUGAUUCACUCGCUCACUCGCUUGCCUCUCUUCUGCCAGUCGCUCUGCCUUGCUGUGUUCUGCCUGCCUGCCUGAGAAUGGUCCAGCCGGUGCCUGGGGGUCUGCUGUCGCGGCCUGUCUGAAUACACGCAUAAACAUACAGAGCCAGUCGACACGCAGAAGCACACACACACAAACUGGAGAGCAAUGUGAGAGAGGAAGUGCCUUCCCUGAUGUCUGCUGCAGCUUUGACCUGCUUCUACAGCUGAAGCUCCACCCUCCCCCCUGCCUCGCUCGCUUGCUGCCACGGUAACACGAGUACAAGGACAGCGGCCACACCCUCCUCGCAGCCAACGCUCCGACCCAGUUGUCCAUCCACUUCCAUCACCAUUCACUCCGCCACUCAGCCGGGCUCCAGCCUCAGCUCUUCUCACCAGACGGCCCCGCUGCCUGCCGCACUCCACCAGCUGACCAGCCUUAGCACAGCAGCCCAGCCCACCACCAGGCUCACACAGCAUCUCACCCACCUUUGCCUUUCACCUUCGCCUUCGACCCUCUAAGCCUCCACUCAGUCCUCAGUGUCCUUAACCUUCCAGUAGCAGGCUACACCCAGACUGUCACCUUUGUUGCCUGCUUCACUGCACCUAACCAGAGGGCUCUCAGUUUGGCCUGCCAGUCUGUUUGCCACCUUUUCUAGGGGAUGUUGUAGAUGAGACCAUUCAGAAAGCAAUAAACAGUGAGAGAGAAAAGCUAAGCCAAGAGAGGCAACUUAAUUAUUAAGCUGCAUAGUCUCCUGGAUAUAAUCACUUUGUCAGCUGUUGUUUGUUCAGGAAAAUGACACAUUAACAUCCACAGCAAAGCGUCGUCCUGCAACAUUUCACUCUGGAAAAAGAGCGCUCUCAAUCAGUAGGAACGUUUCUUUUUGAAUGUUUCAUUUCAACUUCACGGACAAGUAUCACCGACAGUAACAACAAAUACACCACAAAAAAGACCUUAAAGUUGUGGAUUAAUACACUAGAGGUACUUUACUGAACGCAUCUCAGCUCGGAAUACUUUUUGCCAGCGUGUUGCCAUGGCGAUGAACAUAGCACAUAUCCGCGACACAAAGUGGCUGACACUGGAAGUAUGUAGGGAGUUCCAGAGGGGCACGUGCUCGAGGUCCGACCAGGAGUGCAAGUUCGCUCAUCCGGCCAAGAGCUGCCAGGUGGACAACGGACGGGUCAUCGCUUGCUUCGACUCACUCAAGGGCCGCUGUUCCAGAGAGAACUGCAAGUAUCUGCACCCUCCACCACAUCUAAAGACCCAGCUGGAGAUCAAUGGCAGAAACAAUCUGAUCCAGCAGAAGAAUAUGGCCAUGCUGGCCCAGCAGAUGCAGCUUGCCAAUGCCAUGAUGCCUGGCACACAGCUACCACCAAUGCCCAUGUUCUCGGUGACACCAGGCCUGGCCACCAACGCCAGCGCAGCAGCAGCAGCUGCAGCAGCGGCCUUUAAUCCCUACUUAAGCCCUGUGUCACCAGGCCUGAUGCCUCCGGAGAUCCUGCCCAGCACCCCUGUCCUCAUGGCCUCCAGCCCCACCGUCAGCCAAGUCCCCAACGCUGCUGCUGCUGCAGCCCAGAAGCUGCUGAGAACAGACAGACUCGAGGUGUGUCGGGAGUAUCAGAGGGGCAACUGCUCUCGGGGGGAGAACGACUGUCGCUUUGCUCACCCCGCAGACAGCACUAUGAUCGACACCAACGACAACACGGUCACCGUAUGCAUGGACUACAUCAAGGGUCGGUGCUCCCGGGAAAAGUGCAAGUACUUCCACCCACCAGCGCAUCUGCAGGCCAAAAUUAAGGCUGCCCAGCACCAGGUGAACCAGGCCACAGCCGCCGCGGCCAUGACUCAGUCGGCUGUCAAAUCACUGAAGCGACCCCUCGACGCAACCUUUGACCUGGGCAUCGCCCCUAGUGUCAUGGCUCCCCUGCCAAAGCGGGCAGCCCUGGAGAAGGCCAACGGUGCCUCUGCCGUGUUUAACACCGGCAUGCUCCAGUAUCAACAGGCCCUGGCCAGCAUGCAGUUUCAGCAGCAGGCUUUCCUCCCAUCAGGCUCAAUAUUGUGCAUGACACCUGCAGCCAGCGUUGUUCCCAUGAUGCACGGUGGUACUCCAGCCACUGUGUCUGCAGCCACCACAUCUGCCACAAGCGUUCCCUUCGCAACUGCCUCCACCAAUCAGGACUCUUCCUUAUCAAAGUUGACUACCAACGAAUACAUGCAAUUGAUUCCAAUAAUAUCUGCAGAUCAUCUGAGUAGUCACAAGUACUUGACUCAAAUGUAGUUCCUCUCAAAAACAAUCAAAUGAAUGUGUGCUGGCACCGUCCAAGCCAAAAGAGUUCAGCCUUUAUGUACAUAACCUUCAGAAUGUCAAGCAAUGGGACAAGGAGGGUCUGCCAUCUCUUACCCGGUCCACAACGAUGGUCUCAUCACACGUGUAAACAUCAAGGGUACAACACAUGAUCUGUGCCAUCUUCCCACAUAUCAAUAUCAAGAAGAAUUUGCUGUCAAAUUCGGCGUCCAGCCGGGAGAAGAGGAUAUCUUGGUGCCAGGGUCAGUGUGUCUGUCCCUCAGUGGAAAACGUUCACUUUAUACCUCUGUGUCGGAUUAAAUCAUAGCACUCAGUUUGUUCUAAUUAUUAUCAUUACUGCAUGCACAGAAGGUCAAGAGCGUUGUUACAUGAGACAUCAAGUGCUGGUACGUUAGCAGACCAAGAUCUUUCUUUCCUUUUUUUUUUAUUUGUUCUGCUUUAUUUUUUAAUUGAUAGCCAUAUUUCAUAGUUUACAAGUGACACGUAAACAUGCACCUUGAAUUUGAACUGAAAUCUGAAAAGGCACAAUGAUUUUAACAGGAAUUUUAUUCGCCAAAAGAAUUAGGCAUGUACAGUAUUGUGUUUUUACGGCUACUAGUGAAACUAGAUGUUGAAAUGAGGGUCUUGGACAUAUGAAUGUUCUGGGUAAACCAACAUACCUGUGUACCUUGAAAGCACAGCCAGGCUAGCUUUUCUCACCUUGUCAUGUGCCAUCAAGGCCAUACAGCUAAAACCAGAGUGUUAUCUCAGCAGUGUUAUUUGUUUACCGAAGGUAAAAGUUUUGUAUGGCUCUUUUUUGUAUUAUUUUGUUUUCAAAAAUCUCAGUUGUGAGUGUUUUUUUAACUCUUUUUUUUUUUUUCAAAUUAAUCAAUUUUAGAAGUGGGGCUCUUGCCAAAUUUUGUUUGGUGUUUGAUGUUUUGUUUUUGUUUAAAAUCAAAAAUGGAGGGUUUUUCUAAAGUUUGUCAUACCUCUUUUCAUAGACUAGUGUUGUUGUUGUUUUGUUUGUUGGGAUUAAGUCGUUGAUCAAGUCCAUUGACUCUAAAGCCUGGUGAAGUAGAGGGUGUAGCUUCAAUUGACGUUGUGUUACCUUGGUCCCCCUCUUUUAAAGAGGAGCAGCUCUGAAGCUGUCUCCAAGAAGCACUGUUGAGCCAUGUGUUGAUGGGAAUUUUAAACAACAGACCCAAAGGUCUAUUAGGUCAUUUAAACCACAUGUGCACUUGGAUAAUUACUUGUCUGAUCACCCUGUUUUAGUUUCACAGCCCAUCCUGAGUAAACUUUCAUUUUUUUCAGGAGAUACAACUUGUUAUGUUUGGCUUGUAUUUCAAGCAAAAACGUGAAGGUUUUCAUCCACUUGUAGAUCUGACUAUGGAAACCAAAGCACAGUUUUUCUCUCAAUGGGUUACAGAAACAUCUCCCAAGAGGCUUAAAUAAUUAAGGAAACGUGUUUAUCAUCUGUCAUUCAUGUGUCCAUUUUAUGAUCACUUCCCUUUUUCGUUUUCACACAAGUGUGUAGUGUGUCUUUACCGAUUGUAAUGUACCUAACAAAGCCUUAGAUUACAAUUAAUGGGUCUGUGCCCAAUCAAAUGUACUUUCAAUCACCAUGCAGGUAAAGAACACCAAUGAUGUUUUAUAGUUCUCUCACAUGCCGCUUAUGAUCUUUUAUUUUUGUUCUUUCUCUCUGUAAAAGUAACAAUUACUCUCUUAAAUUUCAUUGAACUUAUGUGUUAUGUACUACUUAAGGAUUUGAAUCUAUUUGAGGUAUGUAGUUUUAGAUUUUUCCUUUUAUUUGCCUUACUAUAUAUUACUUGACAACAUUGAUAUAGCCGUUGUAGAUGUUGAGGUAGUAUGACAUUCAUAACUUUUUCAAACCAUAUAAAUGAUAAUGUGUUAGUUUUAAAUAUUCACUUCAUUCAUAUAGCUGGAUGUCUUUUUCAGUUGAUGUUACAUAGUUAAUUUUGUUGUUGUUUUUUUGAUACAAGGAAUGAGAUCAAUUAAUUUGCUGCCAGCAUCUCUGAGUAGGCGAAAAACUGUUUUAACCAACUUAAAAUUUCUCCUUGUAACAUGUCAACAUCAUGUUUGAAAAUACUAUAUUGUACUGAAAUAUAGAUUGUCCAUGUUUUAGAGUAAAAAUUAUUUUCUACUGUAUCCAUUUCAAAGAGAUAUGUACGUUUGUUUGAAUAUUUCUUAAGUUUGCCCUGAAUGUCAGGCCAAAACGAGCAGUGAGAUUGACGGGUGUUUGGAUGUUUGGUAGAUAGUGAGAUUAAGGAGCGAGAAAGCAACGAUUCUUCCGCUCUGGAGGAGUCCGAAAUGCUGCAGAUAAUGAGUUCUAACCUAAGGGACGAAGGUUGACUUUUUGCACUUCUGUAUAUAGUCAAAUGAACAGAGAAAAAAAUGUGUAUCAUAUUGAGAUAUUAUUUUGAAUAAAAAAAGAUCUAUAAUUAUAAGGAAUUUUGUUAGAUUAAUUUAAAUUCUUAAAAUUAGAAGACCAGCUAAAAAAAAUUGCUUGCAAAGAAGGGCACUAGUUUCUUGGCCAAUGCAUUCAGAGAAAGCUAUGCGCUUUUUGUCUUAUUUUGUAAGUGGCUAGUAUUUCCAGGGAAUGUUGUAGGGGAGUAGAUAUCCCCAUGUCAUGCUAACUCCACCCCUCUUGUAGGAUGACAUAUCCAGUAAUGUCCAUAUAUCAUUUGUUGGACUUUGGUCAUGCAGUAUUGCUGCUCCCAUGGUACAGUUGAUACAUGACAAAUUUGUAUUCUAUUAUAGUUUGAUUUGACUGCAUGUAAAAGUACAAACAUGUAAACAAAAGAAACUGCAUAGAUAUGUAAGGAAAGAUAACACCUUCAGACUACAGAAGACACAAUAUUUGUUUUGUUUGUUUCAAAUUAUUCAUACAGUAGAUAACAUCUGCAGUGGGGAGAAAUAAUACUUUAAAAACAAGUCAUCUUACUCUUGUGUGAUAAAAUAUUUUCUGAGGAAAAAACAUGUUAUUUAAAGAAUGAUUAAAAAAAAAACAUUAGCACUCAUCCACCCCAGAUACGUUCUCAUAGCCAUAUAAUUACAGUCGACACAGACUCACUGCAGUUGUUCCUGCUACCAUAGCUGUGCACUCAGCAGGUGAAGGCUCAUCACACCAAAUGCGUAUUUGGCAAAUUAGUCUUUUGAAAUGAAUGUAACAGUCGCCGUCAACAUGAGGCUGCUUUGUAUAGUCGCUACACAACCAAAGCACCAUUUUCUCCAAACCAGACGUUCAGUCUUCUGGCUGGAACCAAGGUCUCUCUUCCCUGCUGGGCGCACAUGAACGCUUUGACUCUUUGACCGCUUUUUACUUGUAAGUGCACCCACCAAUUAUGUAUUUGCUAACAGUUGCCACACAAUAAUGUACUAUUCUGUCUUCAGAUUUGUUUAUGCGCAUUUUAUUGUUGCCAUAAUUGACUCUUGCUGUAUGGAUGAAAAAAAUCUGAAUAAAAAAAACCCAUUUGA